UUCCGAGGAGAUGUAAAGUACCGUGAGAUAAGGAAGAGGGGAUGCGAUAGGGAUCUGUCGCCCUCCACUGUCUGUAAAUAUCCACCGACUGGUGGUGUGUCCAGCGUUUACACACGCUCGUCACAAUUCUGUAGAAAAGAAGGGGUGGAUACGGAGGAGGUAGUUAGAGGCUUUGGGAAAGAGGGAUAGGACGAAAGAGAGGCAUAUACAGCGAGAGGGGGGAAGCUUACUACCCACAUGUGCGAGUAGUUAGUUGUGGGUUGUUUAGUGAUGCGAUUUUAAAAAGGCUUAGUUUAGAUUCAUAUCGUAUUUUCAUUUUGUUACAGUGGCGAGCUUUCAAGCUAGCAGGCUAUACUGUAGCUGGCUAAUUCGGGAAGCACCGACUGCCGCUGCUACCCGCCGGAAACUGAACAGAUAAACUGAAGAUUAGGCACAAUCUCGUCAAAUUAAUUAUUGAGAUAUUUAUUUAUAUAUUUGCCGCAAGUUUUAAUAUUUAACACGAACAAAUGUUUUAAAACCUCACUGCUGUACACUAAUUAAUCAAACAAAAACAUCGCCGAAGUGCAGAGACGGAGAGUGACAAGGACGAGAGUGAGAGAGAAAGGGGAGGAGAAUUGACAUUAAAGCAACACAACAAGGAAACAGAAGACACAGACGCCUUCAUUUUAUGCUUUUCAAUAAUAGCCAGCUAGCUGGUAAGCUAAUAGUAUGCAUUAAAAGAACUCAACUCUGCAGUAUAGUCCUCAGCAAGGAAUCUUUCUCGGAACAGAGAUACACGGCGAGGAACACCGGAAAAUGGGCUCGGAGCCGCCCUCGCCCCCCGCGGUGGUGGAGGAGGGAGGGGAGGAGGAGGAGGAGGAGCUGAGCGGGGGGGAGGAGGUGGACUCCCGGGCCGCCCCCGGCCGCGGCUCCCUGCUCACCAGGAGGGGCAUCACCCUGCGCGUGCUGCUGAAGGACGGGCUGGUGGAGCCCGGGGACGGCGUGCUGUCCAUUCACUACCUGGGUAAGAAGUUUGUGGGGGACCUCCUGUGCGACGGGAAGAUCCGCUGGGUGGAGACGGGGCAGAUCUUUAACUCCCCCAGCGCCUGGGCCACGCACUGCAAGCGGCUGGUCAACCCCGCCAAGAAGUCGGGCUGCGGCUGGGCCUCGGUGCGCUACCGGGGGCAGAAGCUGGUGCAGUACAAGACCAGCUGGCUGCACAAGUACCAGCCCAGCGGGGAGAUGAGUCUGGCCAGCGAAGGGGAGGAUGAGGAGAUGGCGGAGGAUGAAGAGGAAGAAGGGAAGGCCUCAGUUCCGACGGAGGACAGGAACAGGAAGGGCAAACCCGAGCAGCACGAGAUCAGUCUGGUCCAGAGGAGAGGGGACAGAGAACGAGUGCCUGUGAGGUACUGCACUCUGGGAACCAGGGAUUCAGCAAGGGACCCACACACCCUGGUGGAGCUGUCGGCGUUCUCCGCCAUUAACCGCUUCCAGCCCUUCAACGUGGCCGUGUCCAGCAACGUACUGCUGCUCAUGGAUUUCCACUGUCACCUGACCAGCAGUGAGGUGGUGGGGUACCUGGGAGGUCGCUGGGACACAAACACACAGUUGCUGACAGUUCUGAGGGCCUUCCCGUGUCGCACGCGAUUGGCCGACAGAGAUUCUGCCCCUGCUGUUGAGGAGGAGAUCUGUCAGAACCUGUUCAUGCGGGGACUCUCAUUGGUCGGCUGGUACCACAGCCACCCCCGCGGCCCCGCCCUCCCGUCCCUGCAGGACAUCGACUCCCAGAUGGACCACCAGCUGCGUCUGCAGGGCAGCAACAACGGCUUCCAGCCCUGCCUGGGCAUCAUCUGCGGCCCCUAUUACCAUGGCAACCAGGGUGUGGCUUCGACUAUAACGCCUUUCUGGGUGGUCCCGCCCCCGGAGCAACGGCCCAACGACUACGGCAUUCCUGUGGCGGUGGAGGUGACCUACGUUCAGGACAACUUCCUCACCAGCGAUGUACUCAAUGAGAUGAUGCUGCUGGUGGAGUUCUACAGGGGCGCUCCAGACCUGGUUCAGUUCGGUCAGCUGUGGAGCCCCGACACCACUGUGCUGGACAAGAUAAAGGGUUCCCUGAGUGGCCACGCCCCCAAGGACCAGGCCUACUCUCAGAUCCUGGAGCACGUCUACACCCAGCUGAGCAACGCACGCUGAGGAAGAGGAGGAGGGAGGAAGGGCGUGACUGGGGCCAGAUCUUCUACGACCUCACCUGUGGCGCUUCCGUCCGUAGCCCCCCGGGAACGCAGAAUCCCCUGUGACCGCAGACACACUGUGAACUGAGCGUGCUCCUGUCCCACGUGGCAGUGCGUGUGUGUGUGUGUGUGUGUGUGUGUGUGUGUGUGUAGGGUACCUCUGUACUCCUGUAUAUGUGUGUGUGUGGGUGGGGUACACCUGUACUCCUGUCUGUGUGUAGGGUACCUCUGUACUCCUGUAUGUGUGUGUGUGUUUGUGUUUGUAGGGUACCUCAGGGUCACCUCUGUACUCCUGUAUGUGUGUGUGUGUGUGUGUGGGGUACCCCUGUACUCCUCUGUGUGUAGGGUACCUCUGUACUCCUGUGUGCGUGUGUAGGGUAGCCCUAUACGUGUGUGUAUACAGGUAGCCCUGUACUUGUCUGUGUGUAGGGUAGUCCUCUACUCAAGUGUGUGUGUGUGUGUGUGUGUGUGGCGCGCGUAUAUGGGUAUCCCUAUAAUCCUGUGUGUGCAUUCAGGUAGCCCUGUACUUGUGUGUAUAUGGGUAGCCCUAUAAUCGUGUGUGUGUGUGUAUACAGGUAGCCCUGUACUUGUGUGUGUAGGGUAGCCCUGUACUCAAGUGUGUAUGUGUGAGACUGUACCGCUGACAGUGUUCCUACGGCACUUCUCAUUGGCGGCGGAGAGCGCUUCCUCGCGUGGCGUAGUCGUUAGCGGAGUGUUGCCGUCUCGUCACAGAAACCCGAAAACCAAUCACAGAGCUAAUCGCGCCCACUCGACAAAUCCCCUUUAUCUAUCUCACCUGUACGUGUAUCUUCCUUCCGAUACAGUCUGUCUGUGAUACGUCUUAAUUUAAACAAAGUAUAUAUAUAUAUGUGAACAAUGCCUUCAUCUACUGAAUACCUUUAAAGUGAAUACACACUGGAAACUA